GUCUGCUGUUUUUUUACACACAUCAUUUGUAUACAUUUGUCGAACACGUUUAUGAAAGUUUAUUCAAAAUCUUUUCUAUUUAACCAUAAAAAAGUUUAUUUAGUUUCGAAAAAUAGACUUGUGAAAAUUAAAUGCAUAUGUUAUUUUGCGUAGAAGAUAAUAUUUGUUCUGGUUACAUAAAUGAAAUUAUCUCAUCAAGUCUUCAUAACCUAAAAAUUUCAAAGUAUGAUACUAGAUGUUCCUUUACGUAAAGUCGAUCGAGAUAGCUGAACAUUAUGAAGAUGCUUACAGGAAAACAAUUACAGAGGUUGGAAAAGAAAAAGAAGAAAAUGGCAGCUUUAUUAGAAAUAACAAAAUUAAACGACAAGGACAGAGAAGCAAAAGCGCUUAAGCAAAUCGAAACACAAAUAAAUAUGUUGAAUCAAAAUGAUAAUGACAGUAUGAGUGGAAUAAUUUCCAAUCGGAAACGACCUUGCGAUGAGCCUCUAAAUACCACUAGUCCGGAAAUUAUUAAACAGGAACAGGAAAGUCCGGAAAAAUCUGUGGAAACCGAAGGAGUUAGUAGCAAAAAGCCGAGAUUAAGUGGCGAGGAAUAUGAACGAUUGAAAGAGGAAUUAAAAGAACGAAGACAAAGGUUAAAAGCGAUUCCACGGAUUUGUCUGAAAAAAAUUGGAGAAGAUGCUGCAUUAAAUAUGGAUGAAAAUGACAAUGACAAUGGGAGAAUUCCACUAUUUUUAAGUGACAUACAACACCUUUUGUUAUAUUCUCUUAUUGGUAAUCGUUCACCUUAUUUACCGAACAGAUGGUGUAAAGUCGAUAAGUACAAUAAGUUGUCACAUACGGUUCUGAUUAUUGUUGAGGGCGUUUCUCUCGAUCACUACUUAGCUCAUGAAAAUUCAUUUCCUCUUAUAACGACACAUUUGAAGCACAAAUUGGAACUCGUCACACCAGCAGCUCACGGAGGAUCGAUCGUCGAAGAAAUUGUAGCCGUCCCUCUAACAGGAGAGCAUAAUCAUAAAUUAAUUCACGAAUUUGGCUCUUUGGAAACUGCGAUGAAGUCCAGAGGAGACUUGGUUCGAUUACUAAAAACGGUAUUUCCAAUGCUUCCCCAGGUGAAUUAUAAUGCAAGAGAACAAUCGGAAGAUGAUAUUUCACAAUUACCAGAAAGCGACAAGUUCUCGCGAACUAAACUUCUUUUAUCGCCUCAUCAACUUCUCGAUGAACAAUAUCCCGUGCCUCUUCAGGGAAAACUAGCCAAUGAUACCUAUCGUGGCUAUGUGCAAACAAAAGAUGUAUACGUGCAAGCAACAUCGAAAUCGCCAAUGUUUGGAAUUGAUUGCGAAAUGUGUAAGACAAUCGAAGGAAUGUCGGAGUUGACAAGAAUUUCUGUAGUCGAUGAAAAACUUAAUGUCGUUUACAAUACGCUAGUGAAACCAGAGAAUGAAAUUACGGAUUAUUUAACAAGAUUCAGUGGAAUAACGAAAAAAAUGAUGGACGGCGUAACGACAACUCUAACCGAUGUUCAACAAGCACUGAAACUUUUACUUCCUCCAGAUGCAAUUCUCGUUGGACAAAGUUUGAAUUUCGAUCUACACGCUCUGAAAAUGAUGCAUCCUUACAUCAUCGACACUGGAGUAAUUUUUAACAUCAGUGGCAUAAGGUAUCGGAAAUCGAAAUUACAGACAUUAGCCAGGGAAUUUUUGGGACUGAGAAUCCAGGAGGGUUCACACGGUCACGAUUCGAUUGAAGACGCCGCGGCGUCAAUGAAAUUGGCGCAAUUAAAACUUGCCAAUAGUAUUGUUUUUGGAGACGCGGUACUUCAUUGUCAACAUCAAAUUGGCGAAAUGCUGUUUGCCGAACACCAAACUGAACAAAGUCGUAAUUUCGAUUCGAAAAUUCAGACAAAGACAAAUAUUCGUAAAUAUGGAACAUGUUUAUUUAAUCACGUGGCGAAGGAUAAGAAAACAACGGCUAUAAUUGGUUCCGACGAAGUGAUAAGCGAAUAUUCACGAUAUUUAAAAUCGCCUGAACUCAGUGUUACGAAUGACAACGAUUUCGACAAAAAUGAUCAGAUUCGUAUGGUUGAAACGGAAGGAAAUAAAAGUGCAAUAAAUCGAGCGGCUGAAAUUGUGAUGCAACAUGCUUUAACUCUUUGUCAUGUGAAAAUAAAGGAAGAACAAUUGACUGAAGAGCGAAGAGGAAAAAUUUUUGACAAAGUGGACAAAUGGGUGAAUAAAAUUUAUCAACGUAGUGCACUUCAUGGAUUGGUGUGUGUUAUUUUCGGUGGACAUAGUAAAGCUUCAAGUGGAGUUUGUUUCUUGAAUGUAAAAGAAGGCGUGGUUCCAUUAAGUGCCUAAAUUUUUCCAAUACAAAAGAAACUAACAAAAAAUACAAUUAUUUGUCUAUAUUGGAGCCUAUAUCUUUUAUUUAAAAAAAAGACAAAAUCGUUUUCUUUUUCAAUUAUAAGCAAACAAAUCGAUCUGAUUUUUUUUUUAAGGAAAUCGAAAGAAAGUUGGUAUAGAAAGAAAAAGAAAAUAAUUGAAAAAACCGAUUGGAAUGUUUGCUGGUCAUGUACAAACAAUCGUAUUGUUAAUAAACUUUUUUUGUAAACUGUUAAA